CUCCAGUCUCCGGGGGUUAGUCACGUGCCAUCCCAUCCCAUCCCGUCGCGUAGACUGUCCUAUCGUACCUUUACGCGUCCUCCUCAGCACAACAACCUCGCAUUGAUCCAUUGACCCGCACCACACCGCCGCAACCACACCACAGCCUACCACAAUGCCGAGCACCAAAACGCCCGCAAAAGCCAGCAAACAAACCUCGAUCUCGAGCUUCUUCUCGAAGCCGUCCGGCGGCGGUCCCCCAUCCUCGCCCGCCGUGGUCCCAAAGAAGCGAGCGCCGAGUCCACCGCCCAAAGCCAAGUCCGCGGCCGCACCCAAGGCUGCACCCAAGCCCAAGCCCAAGCCCGCGCCUAAGCGCAAAAAGCAGUCCGCGGCGGUACAGGAUAGCAACGACGACGAGGAGGACGAGGACGGCGACGUGCGGCUUCCCGUCCGGUCCCGCAGGACGAAACGCGCGCUCGCCGAUGACGACGACGAGGACGACGAGUUCAGGCCCCUGGUUGGCGACGACAACAACAACGACGACGAUGACGGCGAUGACCUAUACUCUGUCCCGGCCCCCGCGGUGAAGAGGGUGAAGAUAGAGAGGGCUUCGAGUCCCGCGUCUGUACCUGUGAGGAAGAGUGUGCAGGCGGAGCAGACGACUAGUCGAUACCGCUACGAUCCGUCGCAGAAGCAGAAGCCUGAGGAUAUGCUGGUCGAUGAGGACCCCGCUAGGAAACGCGAGAAGGAGAGGUUGAGGGAAAGGUUUGUGCAGAAGCUCGGGAGGAUCGAGAUUUCGAGGAAGGAUGUGGGUGGAGAAGGUGAGGAGGGGGAGGCGGACGAUGAGGAGCAGCAGCAGGAGCCCGAGCCGGGGCCUAUUACGAAACGGUUUGGCAGGGGGAAGGCGCCUGCUGCUGCUGCGAAGGGGAAGAAGGGCGCGGCGAAGUUGACGCCGCUGGAGAAACAGGUUGUCGACAUCAAGCGGAAGCAUAUGGACACUGUGCUGGUGGUCGAGGUGGGGUAUAAGUUUCGGUUCUUUGGGGAGGAUGCCCGGAUCGCCAGUCAGAACCUGUCGAUCAUGUGCAUCCCCGGAAAGAUGCGGUUCGAUGAACACCCCUCGGAAGCGCAUAUGGACAAGUUUGCGUCCGCCAGUAUUCCCGUGCACAGACUGCACGUGCAUGUCAAGCGCCUCGUGGCGAACGGGUACAAGGUCGGUGUUGUGCGGCAGCUGGAGACGGCGGCGUUGAAGGCCGCCGGAGAUAAUAAGGCGGGCCCGUUCGAGAGGAAGUUGACAAAUCUUUACACCAAGGGAACCUAUGUAGACGAUAUUGACGGGCUGGAGGGCGCCGAUCUGUCGUCUGGUGCAGGAAGUGGCGGCGCUUCGAAUACCGGAUUUUUGCUCUGCGUAACUGAGAAGCCUGGUGGCGGGAACGGCACGGAUGAGAAGGUCCAUGUGGGCCUCGUCGCCGUGCAACCUUCCACCGGAGAGGUGAUAUAUGAUGAGUUUGACGACGGGUUCAUGAGAAGCGAGAUUGAGACGAGAUUACUACACAUCGCUCCAUGUGAAUUCUUGAUUGUCGGCGAGUUGAGCAAGUCCACCGAGAAGAUAGUAUCACAUCUUGCUGGCAGCACGACCACCGUGUUUGGAGACAGAGUUCGCGUAGAGCGCAUGGGGAAGGACAAGAAUACAGGAACCGAAGCAUCCACUCAUGUCUCAAAAUUCUACGCCGACAAAGUACACGUGGCUGAAUCUGCCGAAGCCGCGGGAAAGAACAAACUACUGGAUGCAGUGUUGGAUUUGCCGGGACUGGUGACAAUAUGUCUCUCGGCUAUGAUCAAGCAUCUGUCAGACUAUGGCCUGGAACACGUGUUCGACCUUACCAAGUACUUCCAGUCGUUCAGUGGGCGCUCGCACAUGCUCCUCAACGGAAACACGCUUUCCAGUCUCGAGAUCUACAGGAACCAGACAGAUUACACCACCAAAGGAAGUUUGUUCUGGACUCUGGACCGGACGAAGACCAAGUUCGGGCGUCGGCUGCUGCGGAAUUGGGUUGGCAGGCCGCUGCUGGAUAAACAUCAGCUGGAAGAACGAGUCAAGGCUGUGGAAGAGGCAAAACUUGGAGAGAACAUAAAGCUGGAUAAGUUGAAGGAGCUACUUGCGAAGGUUUCGUACGAUCUUGAGAAGGGACUGAUCAGGAUUUACUAUGGAAAGUGCACUCGUCCGGAAUUGCUCUCGAUUCUGCAGACGAUGAACCGAAUAGCGUCUGCCUUCCCGCUGAUGGAAAAUCCAGAGGAUGUUGGAUUCGAAUCGGACAUCCUCAAUAAGGCCGUUGCUGCUCUCCCGGGUAUCCAAGAGGAUGUUGCCAAAUUCCUUGGGAUGUUCAAUCACCAGGCGGCUGGGAAGGACGACAAGUAUGAUUUCUUCAAGGAUGAAGACGAGCAUGAGGAGUACGAAAAGAUCGUUGAGCAGAAGAUGGGAAUCAUGGCCGUUGAAGCAGACUUGGAGGAGCACAAGAAGGAUAUCAGCAAAAUCCUGAAGGGCAAAAAGUUCAAUUACAUCACGGUCUCUGGCGUAGAGUAUCUCGUUGAAGUUCCCAACACGAAAGUUGCUCUUGCUCCUGUACCAGCCAACUGGGUCAAGAUAAGCGGCACCCAAAAGGUCCACCGUUUCCAUACGCCACAGAUCAUCCAGAUGAUCCGCCAACGGGAUCAGCACAAAGAGUCUCUCGCGGCGGAAUGCGACAAGGCGUUCAAACGUUUCCUCGAGCAAAUCUCCAGCAAAUACCAAGAACUCCGCGACUGCGUACAAUCCCUAGCCAUCCUCGACUGCAUCCUCUCCCUAGCUGCAGUCGCCAACCAGCCCGGCUAUUCCAAGCCCGAGUUCACAUCCGAAACUAUCAUCGACGUCAAAGAAGGCCGCCACCCGAUGGUCGAGCAGCUCCUCCUUGACGCAUACGUCCCCAACGACAUCACUCUCUGCCAAAACAGCAAGCGCGCCAUGCUCGUGACCGGACCCAACAUGGGCGGUAAAUCCAGCUACGUCAGACAGAUUGCCCUCAUCUCGAUCAUGGCCCAGAUCGGCUCGUACGUUCCCGCCGCAUCCGCCACCCUCGGGCUGCUGGACGCGGUUUUUACCCGGAUGGGAGCAUUCGACAACAUGAUGGCCGGCGAAUCAACCUUCAUGGUCGAGUUAUCCGAGACGUCCGAUAUCCUCAAGCAAGCUACACCCCGCAGCCUCAUAAUCCUCGACGAGCUGGGCCGCGGAACGUCUACGCACGAUGGUGUCGCCAUCGCGCAUGCAGUCUUCGACUACAUAGUCCAAGACCUCAAAGCCCUCCUCCUCUUCGUCACACACUACCCCCUCCUCUCCCGCUUCGGGGAAAUGUAUCCCGACGAGGUGACAAACACACACAUGGCGUUCGAAGAGGCCGGCGAGGGUGGCGAGGACAUCACUUUCCUGUACCGUGUUGCGGAGGGCGUGGCGCAUCGGAGCUACGGUCUCAAUGUUGCGCGGCUGGCGGGGCUUCCCAAGAGCUGUCUUGAGCUUGCGGCGGUCAAAAGCCGACAGCUCGAGGCCGAGAUGAAGGAGCGUGCCGGUGUGAGGUGGGCGACGAGUGUAAGGAAGAUAAUGGAAGACGACGAGGUCGAUGUCGAGGCGCUGGCGAGGAGCUUGGAGGGGGUGGUGGUCGAUGUGUAGCUUGGUGUUCUUGCCGGAUCUAGAUGUACGUGACUGCAGAUAUUAUUAACAAGUAGACUUCUUGAAUCUUGAUUCUCGUUGUG